AUGGUGCAGGACACACUGCAGUGUGGCUCUGAGGAAGAGGAACACGAAGGACCCGUGUGUGAGAAGCUGGGACGCAUCCAGUUCAGCGUGGGAUACAGUUUUCAGGACUCCACACUGACAGUGAAAAUCCUGAAGGGUCAGGAUCUACCUGCGAAAGAUUUCUCCGGCACGUCAGAUCCAUUCGUCAAACUCUACCUUCUGCCAGACAAGAAGCACAAACUUGAGACCAAGGUCAAAAGAAAGAACCUCAACCCUCACUGGAACGAGACCUUCCUAUUUGAAGGGUUCCCGUUUGAGAAGGUGGUCCAGCGCACACUGUACCUGCAAGUGCUAGAUUAUGACCGUUUUAGCAGGAAUGACCCUAUAGGAGAGGUGUCCGUCCCCCUGAACAAGAUCGAUCUGGCCCACAUGCAGACCUUCUGGAAGGAGCUGAAACCCUGCAGCGAUGGCAGUGGGAGUCGAGGAGACCUGCUCGUGACUCUGUGUUACAAUCCCACUGCCAACACCAUCACUGUGAGCAUCAUCAAGGCACGCAAUCUCAAAGCCAUGGACAUCGGGGGAACAUCCGACCCCUACGUCAAAGUGUGGCUAAUGAACAAAGAUAAACGAGUGGAAAAGAAGAAGACAGUGGUGAUGAAGAGGUGUUUGAACCCCGUGUUUAAUGAGUCCUUCCCCUUUGAUGUCCCCGCUCACGUCCUCAGAGAGACCACCAUCGUCAUCACAGUCAUGGAUAAGGACAGACUGAGCCGCAAUGAUGUCAUAGGCAAGAUCUAUCUCUCAUGGAAGAGUGGCCCAGCAGAGGUAAAGCAUUGGAAAGACAUGAUGAGUCAUCCGCGCACUGCCGUUGCCCAAUGGCACGCUCUCAAAGCUUGAAGGACCCGCCCACCAAAAUUUGUUUAUGGAGACCCUUCCUUUAUUCACUGCUUUUAUUUUUUCCCACCAAAAAGAGGCUAAGCACUGCCAAGAAGACUGGGAGAGAAAGCCUUGCGUAACUGAGAGAGGUAAACAGACUCGUCUUCCUUGAGAAAAAAAGUUUGACAACUCGACUGUUCUCUGAACAGCUGGACCGCGGAACAGGGUGACUUCUAUCAUCGCUGAACUUAAAACGGCUGAAAACAAUCUCCUGAACAGACCCUUCUAUUGCCAUGUUUGUGUCUCACCUCCCUCGCGCCGUCCCUCUGACCGUACGGAAAGAUCCGGAAGGAUCGCAACCACAGUGCAAUACCUAGUUGAAGGAGGAUGAACUUGUUGUGUGUUGGACUUCGUCACCUCUUGAUGUUUUUCUUGGAACUGUGUAGAAAUUCGCUGGAACUCUUCGUCGUCUGUAUGUACUGUGGGUGCUGUUAUGUGACAGAAAAAAGAGGUCUUGCUU